UGUCCACGUCCCCGUGGUGUCCGAGUCAUACCGGUGUCGCCCGCCCCUGGCUUAGAAAAAAGAGAGAAGGAAAACUUUAGAGAAAUGGCGGAGGGUGCUACGACGCUCAAAGGCUUGCGAGCCCAGAUGGCUGCAGCCGCACAGGCACAAGCAGAAGAGCGACGUAGCUUGGCUGGGAAUAGUCCAGGACCUACAGCUAACAUAUCAUCUAAACCUCAGGGCUGCAAACCAGUAAUCGACGGUGCUGCGCUUCGAGUAGACGACCGGCUGCGAGUGGCAAAAGAAAGACGGGAGGAGGCCGAUAGAAAACAGGCUUUAAGAGAGUCUCAGAUCAUGGAGCGGGAACGCAAAGCUAAGCUGCAAGUGGAGCGCCAGCAAGAGGAACGACAGAAAAAGGUUGAGGAACAGCGAAGGAAGGAGGAGCAGAAACGCUUGGCUGUGGAGGAGAAGAGGAAGCAGAAGCAGGAGGAGGAAAAGGAGCACUACGAGUCUGUGAUGAGGCGGACGAUGGAGCGUAGUCAGCGGGUGGAGCAGAGGCAGAAGAGAUGGUCCUGGGGAGGGAUUUCCACAGAUCAAGAUGGACGAGCAGGAGAUUCUGAUGCCAGCAUCUCUUCUCCAGUAACUAUAGUUGUCUCAUCUGCCUCAUCAGAAAAGCCACAGAGGAAUGAACAAGUUGAGAAGCGCUCCUCAUCCACCACCAACCUGAAACAGCCGUCUGAGGCUGGCAUCAACAAGCGCUUAUCCUCCUCCUCUGCUGUCCUCGCCAAAUCACCUGACAAAGGUGUUAAACCAAGGAGUUCAUCUUGUAACCGGUUGUCAAGCAAUGACACUGCUGCUCAGGCCAGUAAGGAAGGAGGCAAAAAGCUUCAGGUGGAGCUGACAGGCCAUUCUGUGAAGAAGAGAAGUUCCUCCCUCACACGAGUAAGUGUGGGCAGAGCACAGACCCCUGCCAAGCCUGAUAAGGGGACAUCGGAUGAUCAAGCCCGCAGGCCACCGGCCAGUACUGUGGAUGAAGGAGUCCUUAGUCGCCUCCUCACCCCCACCCAAGCCUCACUAGCUAGGAGCAAGAGCGCCGCUGCCCUGUCCGCUGAAGGAACAGAUUCUCCAGAGUGUCACCUGUGUCCUCGUUCAGCAUCUGCCAGUCCCCUGCACCCAUCUCGUGGACCCGUACGCAGCCGCAGCAUUGACCGACAGAAGAGCGGCAUGACCACUUCCAAAUCGGCCAGUGAAGCCCUCGACCCUUCUCAGAAAGAAAAGCCUUUAUCAUCGCCUCAGGGGCAGCGCCCCGCCUCCCCAUCCUCCACCUUGGUACGUAACCGCUCACCAUCACCAGCACCCAAUCCAGCGCCAAAGAGAACCCCGUCUCCAGCAGCAACCAAGCAAAGUCCCAGGAUGCGUCCACCUUCACCAGCUGCAAUGAAACAGCGUCCUCCAUCUCCUCAGCCAACAUCAGCUAAACCUCCACCUAUCCAGAAACCAUCUCUCACGCCAACUGGGCCCCCAACCCUCAGAAAGAGGGACUCCAAAUCCAAGGAUCUGGGUCCUGUUCAGGCUGUGGCUUCACUGUCCUCCGAUUCCUGCAAGACCAAAGACAAAGAUGACGCUAAGCCUGCGACGGGCACUAACUCAGCUGCUGAGGCCGCCAGGAUCCUGGCUGAAAACCGCAGACUGAUGAGGGAGCAGAAGGAGCGAGAGGAGCAGCUCAGGAUACAGAAGGAGGAAGAGGAGAAGCUGAGAAAAGAAGAGGAGAAGCGUUUAGCAGAAGAAGCCCAACAGAAACGCCUGGAGGAGGAGAAGAGGCUGGCUGAGGAGAGAAAAAUUAAAGAAGAGGAAGAAGCUCGCCUUGCAGAGGAGGAACGGGUGAGAAUGGCAGAAGAAGAAGCGAUAAAGCAGGCCGAACUCCAGAAGGAGCGAGAAGAGGCUGAGGCGAAAGCCCUGGAGGAGGCAGAGAGAGUCCGUCAGGAAAGAGACCGCAUCAUGCAGCAGAACCAGCAAGAACGGAUGGAGAGGAAGAAGCGAAUUGAAGAAAUAAUGAAAAGAACUAGAAAAGGAGAACAAAAUGACUUAAAGAGAGACGAUGAUAAAUGUUCACAGGAGGACGGAGAAGAUGGUCUAGACUUGUUGGGUGAAACCAAAACUGAAAUGGAUGACAUCACCACAGAGACCGACAAAGACAGCGUGCUCUCUGACGAGCCUGUGGAGAGUCGAGGAGAACCCGUAGGCAGUGUGAACGGACAGUCAGAGGCUGAGGACAAGGAGAACAACGGCACAGACACAGAUGAGAUUCAAGCAGGAAGCCCCGUCCCUAAAGGGAAUCUUGUUGAGAACUCGGAGUUCCUGAACGAGCAGGACUCCACCAAAUCAGGGUUGGUCUCAAGUCUCAACGGGAAGUCAAACCAGUGGAGCUUCGAGGAUCUCAUUGAUGUUAAUGUCCAUUCCAAAAGCCGGCCUCUCAUUGAGUCAGAGGACUGUAACCAGGUUUUAAUCAGCUGUGACGGGAGCACAGAUGGGACCAAGGUAGCUUUUGAGGACAGGGGGACGCCCAUAAACUCCCUGCAUUCCUCUAAUCAACCCAUAGAAGCCAUGCCAGAAAUUUGAUGCUGCAGUUAUCACUGAGAAGCUUGUUGACGUUGUACUAAAAGUUCCUGUCCAGUUGAGACCCUUUCAAGAAUUCUCUUUCUGCUCUGAACAACCUCCUCCUCCUCCUCCUCCUCCUCCUCCUCCUCCUCCUCCUCCUCCUCUUCCAGGAGGUGCACAAGGUGAAACGGAAAGACCACCCUAAGUGCUUCAUUUGUACCCAACCUUUUGAGGAAACAAAUAAAUAACAUUUAUGUACGAGACAAGAUCAGUCUUCAGGGAAAUAUUUUGUAUUCCUCUAACGAUCCUGCUCCAGGUAUCUUUCUCUUUCCGUUGGUGUGAAGUUAAAUACACAAAACUGUUCAAUUUUCUGUUCAAAGUCAAUGGUUUCUCUUUAAUUUUUUUUCUCAGUUUUGUUCUUGUUAGGGGUGCAUUGUUGUAAUUUAUUAAUUUUUGCUUCUUUGUUAUUGUAAUUUUUUACAUGUUUAGUCUUUUUGUCUCCUUAAUGAGAAUAUUCCAAGACAAAUGCACAUCAGGUUGUGUAAAUGAUGUUAAAUAUAACAAAUAUGUUAAUACAUUCAGUUUGGGUGGGAACUAGCAUCUGACGGUUUGCAUGUGUUUCCUCAAAAUUUACUUGACCGGCUGCUUUUUGCAGCAUUCAGCUCCAUGGCCUUACCUCUUUCACUUCCCAGCUUGUGACUGUCCUAAACUGUUAAUGCUGAAACUCAUACAUGCAUGGUUUAAUAGCUUCCUUCAAUCACACACACAUACAUACAUACACGCCAUUGUUGAUGACGACUUCCCAAACUUUCUCCUGCUGUCCUGCUUUUCCUUAUCUGGCCACGAGAUGGCGUCACAAACACAAAGCUGAAAGGUUCAACUCGAGCCACAGUUCCAGCGCUGUGGUCUAGGAUUCACAUUUGGUUUAGAUUCAUCUUGUUUUAAUUUACACACGUAAGUAGAAAUAACGCUCACUAACAUCCAAGUCGUGUUUGACUUUAUUGUCAUAUUCAGCAUCUAUGUAACAAACUCAUUGAACAUGGGUGGAUCUAGUUUCAGCUGUAGUUGCUCCUGAGACGGGUUCCUUCUUUAUGCUGGCGUGGCUUCCUUCCCACUAACUCCGGUCGUCACCUUAGCUGCUACGUCUGACAAAAUGCAUUUCAGCUUUUGUAGUAUAGAAAAGGGUUGCUUGUUGAUGUAAAAUACAUUUCUACGUGAAUAUAAAUGUUAUAAUGUUGUGUAUUUAAUCAGUAUUAGGCCGUUUAAGCCAUGUUUAGGAUGGAGUGGCUCAGGCUGGGGAAAAUGAAGUUUAUGAAUUGGGUUUCAGGUUGAGUGAUGUCUGCUUACAGGUUUGCUGGGCUUCUGCAUUUUAUUCUGGAACUUGCAAAGCUUGCAGCUUGCUCUAAUGAAAAAAAAACCAAGUGGGAAUCAAUAUCUAACAAAAAUGAGGCGCAUAAAAAAAUAACAGUUUGCUACAAGAGCCGGUUGACCGAAGAAGCUGUGGAACCUCACGGUGCUUUUAAUAUAAUUUAAAUGUGUUUAUGUGUAAAAUAAUUAGGAGUAAACGACCAUCAGCUCAGGUUUCAGCUGUUCUACUGUAGUCGGAAAACCAUGUUCACCCAACGGAAGGAGUGGGUCGCUCUUGAUUUUCUUUUCUUUUUUGGAUCAGUCUCCUAGUUGUCUGAACGGUGGUGUGAAUAGUCACAACUAUGGUGAUGUUUGGGGUUGUUGCUGUCUGCCUUGUUCGCUGUGGGGUAACAAAAAUAAGCUGGGCCUAAAUUAUCCCGGCUUUGAUUAAUAAGCUCAGUGACUUUCAUUAUUUAACACACAGAGCCAACUGCGUUCUGCUUUCAUAUAUUAUUCCUUUAUGAAACGGUGAGAAUCUGCACUAUCAAAGAUGAAUUGUUACUGAGGAGAAGCUUUACUGUACAGACGAACUAGAAGAUCUGUGAUAUUUGUAGAAAGGAGUAUAGAAGCCCAUGGACCUGUGACUUAUUUUCGUUCUGUUAUUGUAGUUUUAGCUUUUAUUACGUUGACUCAAACCCUCCCCUCUGAAACCCCUCCUGUUCCACUCAUAUGUUGCUCCUGUUGGGGAGCUGGUCUAGUUGCUGCUUGAACAGAUUGUUUUUCAUGUCCUGCUGCAUAUUUUGGGUUUAACAACAGAACUGGUAGCUUUUUCACCCUCAGAUUUGACUCCAGAUAGCUCAGUGCCUUAGAUAGAGAUCCAGUGUUUUUAUUGCAUUACAGUUGAAACUAAAGAGUGUCCUUACCUUGGCCUCGACAAUCAGUCACCCAAACAGGGACUCUGUAAAGAUUCGGCAUCAAAGUCCCCUGCCCUGUCUAUAAAUAAUAUCUUUACUGUAAAUAUAUCUAAGAUAUGAUACAGACUGUUAAAACAAUAAAGUCUUGCAAAAACA